UAACAGCAGUCUGAUAUAAAUGGCCUAGACCUUAUAAAAAGGCGUGAUAACGGAUUAAAAGUUCACUCGUCUUCUGUGUUUCUUUAGAGACAAACAACAUGUCUCGAUUAGUAUUAUUUUGUUGUAUUUUAUUUGUCGGUCACCAGUAUGUGUCAGGCGUCCUGGAUUACAACUACGAGUACGUGCCAGAAGCGGGAGUCUGGCUGCGCCUGCACAUCGUGCCUGCCAACUGGAAGAAUGCGUUUCGCCGGUGCCAGCUUGAAGGUGGAGUUUUAGCCUCCCCUUCUUCCUAUGUCCUGGCGAAAGCCAUGCUGAGCAUCAUGACAGAGAAUAAGGUCUCACGCAGUGUGUUCACCGGCAUCCACGCCCUUGUCUCCGAGGGUGACUACCUGUCACUUGAUGGUGUGCCUCUCUCAGACAUCCACCUGGAGUGGGCCGAGGGCGAGCCUUCAGCUACAGAAGAUUCCAGCGACCCUGACAAUAACGAGAACUGCGUGGUGCUUACCAGAUUGGGAGAAGCAUCUGACGUGAGCUGCACCAGCAAGUACCCUUACUUCUGCCGGAGAGAGAACGCCUCGAUGACUAUUUUGAACGAGAAGUGUCAAACUACUGCCGCUGGUUACAAAUAUGAGCCCCGGACAAACAGCUGCUACAAAUUGCACACCAACGCUAAGAAAUGGCACGAAGCCGCCAAAGUUUGCCAUUCCGAAGGCGGCCAUCUUGCCGUCGUCAACAGUGAUGAGGAAGCUGAAGUGCUUAAGGAAAUUUUCGCGAUGUAUCCACCGAAAACUGUUACUGGAGCUAAACAUGAUGAUGUCGCCAUCGUUGGCGUUUGGAAAUGGGAUGACAAUAGGGAUGGUGAUUGGCUGACUAUCUAUGGACAACCCAUCUCCGAGGCCGGCUUCGCCAAGUGGGGCAGUGGCCAGCCUAACAACUACGGCGGCGUCCAGCACAUGACCUCCAUACAACGGUCUGGUCUGCUUGACGACAUCGCGCACUAUGACCGAGAACCGUUCUUCUGUGAGAUCAAUGUUGGCAACCAAUAUUAAUAGGUGUUUUACGUUAUUUUACGACCAGCCUGCCGUAGGGCGUAGUAACUCUGGCUGCUAAGCCGCGGUCCCGGGUUCGAAUCCCGGUAAGGGCAUUUAUUUGUGUGAUGAGCGCAGAUUUUUGUUCCUGAGUCAUGGAUGUUAUAUACAUGUUAAUAUAUUUUUUUACAAUGUCA